CGGCCCCCUCCCCCGGCGCCGGCCAAGUGAGGCGGUGAUGCGGGCGCUGGCGGCCUGGGCUGAGCCGAGAGCGGAGACACAGGCUCAAGAUGGCAGAUUCCCACUGAGGCUGAGGGGGCCGAGCUCGCGCGCCGCGUUCCCUUCUCCGUUGCCAUGAACCGCGGACACCCCGGCCCCGAUGGCCCCAGUGUACGAAGGUAUGGCCUCACAUGUGCAAGUUUUCUCCCCUCACACCCUUCAAUCAAGUGCCUUCUGUAGUGUGAAGAAACUGAAAGUAGAGCCAAGUUCCAACUGGGACAUGACUGGGUACGGCUCCCAUAGCAAAGCGUACAGCCAGAGCAAGAACAUACCACCUUCUCAGCCAGCCUCCACAACCGUCAGCACCUCCUUGCCAAUCCCAAACCCAAGCCUACCUUACGAGCAGACCAUCAUCUUCCCAGGAAGUACUGGACACAUAGUUGUAACAUCAGCAAGUAGCACUUCUGUCACCGGGCAAGUCCUCGGCGGACCACAUAACCUAAUGCGUCGAAGCACUGUGAGCCUCCUUGACACCUACCAAAAAUGUGGACUCAAGCGAAAGAGUGAGGAGAUCGAGAACACAAGCAGCGUGCAGAUCAUUGAAGAGCAUCCACCCAUGAUUCAGAAUAAUGCCAGCGGGGCCACUGUAGCUACUGCCACCACAUCCACUGCCACUUCCAAAAACAGUGGCUCGAACAGCGAAGGCGACUAUCAGCUGGUGCAGCAUGAAGUGCUGUGUUCCAUGACCAACACCUAUGAGGUUUUAGAGUUUUUGGGCAGAGGAACAUUUGGGCAAGUGGUCAAGUGCUGGAAACGGGGCACCAAUGAAAUUGUGGCCAUUAAGAUCUUAAAGAACCACCCUUCCUAUGCCCGGCAAGGUCAGAUUGAAGUGAGCAUCCUAGCCCGGCUGAGCACAGAGAGCGCAGAUGACUACAACUUUGUGCGGGCCUAUGAGUGCUUCCAGCACAAGAAUCACACCUGCUUAGUCUUUGAGAUGUUGGAGCAGAACCUCUAUGACUUUCUGAAACAGAACAAGUUUAGCCCCUUGCCCCUCAAGUACAUUCGCCCAGUCCUCCAGCAGGUAGCUACAGCCCUGAUGAAACUCAAAAGCCUGGGUCUUAUCCAUGCUGACCUCAAACCAGAAAACAUCAUGCUGGUAGAUCCAUCUAGACAGCCAUACCGAGUAAAGGUCAUUGACUUUGGUUCAGCAAGUCAUGUCUCCAAAGCCGUCUGCUCUACCUACUUGCAAUCCAGAUACUACAGGGCCCCUGAGAUCAUCCUUGGUUUGCCAUUCUGUGAGGCUAUUGACAUGUGGUCCCUUGGUUGUGUCAUUGCUGAGCUGUUCCUGGGCUGGCCGUUAUAUCCAGGAGCUUCCGAAUAUGAUCAGAUUCGGUAUAUUUCACAAACACAGGGUUUGCCAGCGGAAUAUUUAUUAAGUGCAGGGACAAAGACUACUAGGUUUUUCAACCGUGACACCGACUCUCCAUAUCCUUUAUGGAGGCUAAAGACACCAGAUGACCAUGAAGCUGAGACGGGGAUUAAGUCAAAAGAAGCAAGAAAGUACAUUUUUAACUGUUUGGAUGAUAUGGCCCAGGUGAACAUGACAACAGAUUUGGAAGGGAGUGACAUGUUGGUAGAGAAGGCAGACCGACGGGAAUUCAUUGACCUAUUAAAGAAGAUGCUGACCAUAGACGCUGAUAAGAGGGUCACUCCCAUCGAAACUCUGAACCACCCCUUUGUCACAAUGACACACCUGCUCGACUUUCCCCACAGCACACAUGUCAAAUCUUGUUUCCAAAACAUGGAGAUUUGCAAGCGCCGGGUGAAUAUGUAUGACACAGUGAACCAGAGCAAAACACCAUUCAUCACACACGUGGCCCCCAGCACAUCCACCAACUUGACCAUGACCUUUAACAACCAGCUGACCACUGUCCACAACCAGGCUCCCACCUCCACCAGUGCCACUCUUUCCUUAGCCAAUCCCGAAGUCUCCAUACUAAACUACCAAUCUACACUCUACCAGCCCUCAGCGGCAUCCAUGGCCGCAGUGGCCCAGCGGAGCAUGCCCCUGCAGACGGGAACAGCCCAGAUUUGUGCCCGGCCAGACCCCUUCCAGCAAGCUCUCAUCGUGUGUCCCCCUGGCUUCCAAGGCCUGCAGGCCUCUCCCUCCAAGCAUGCUGGCUACUCAGUGCGGAUGGAAAAUGCUGUUCCCAUCGUUACUCAAGCUCCAGGAGCUCAGCCUCUUCAGAUUCAACCAGGUCUGCUUGCUCAGCAGGCCUGGCCAGGUGGGGCCCAACAGAUCCUGCUUCCUCCAGCCUGGCAGCAGCUGACUGGCGUGGCCACCCACACGUCCGUGCAGCAUGCAGCUGUGAUUCCUGAGACCAUGGCAGGCACUCAGCAACUGGCCGACUGGAGGAACACACAUGCUCAUGGAAGCCAUUACAAUCCCAUCAUGCAGCAACCUACACUCUUGACUGGACAUGUGACCCUUCCAGCAGCCCAGCCCUUAAAUGUGGGUGUAGCCCAUGUGAUGAGGCAACAACCAACCAGCACCACCUCCUCCAGGAAGAGUAAGCAGCACCAAUCAUCCGUGAGAAAUGUCUCCACCUGUGAGGUGACCUCUUCACAAGCUACCAGCUCCCCUCAGCGAUCCAAGCGUGUCAAGGAGAACACUCCCCCACGGUGUGCCAUGGUGCACAACAGCCCAGCAUGCAGCACCUCAGUCACCUGUGGGUGGGGUGAUGUGGCCUCCAGCACCACAAGGGAGCGACAGCGACAGACGAUUGUCAUCCCUGACACCCCAAGCCCCACCGUCAGUGUCAUCACCAUCAGCAGCGACACAGAUGAGGAAGAAGAACAGAAACACGCCCCCACCAGCACGGUCUCCAAGCAGAGGAAAAAUGUCAUCAGCUGUGUCACAGUCCAUGAUUCUCCCUACUCUGACUCCUCCAGCAACACCAGCCCCUACUCGGUGCAGCAGCGCACAGGGCACAAUGGCACCAACACCUUGGACACUAAGGGGGGCCUGGAGAAGCACUGCACCGGCAACCCCCGCACCAUCAUCGUACCCCCACUGAAGACCCAGGCCAGUGAAGUGUUGGUAGACUGUGACAGCCUAGGGCCAGCGGUCAGCACCAGUCACCAUUCAUCCUCCUUCAAGUCCAAGUCCUCCAGCACCGUGACCUCCACCAGUGGCCACUCUUCAGGGAGCUCAUCAGGAGCCAUCGCCUACCGGCAGCAGCGGCCAGGCCCCCAUUUCCAGCAGCAGCAGCCCCUCAAUCUCAGCCAGGCUCAGCAGCACAUGGCUACCGACCGCACUGGGAGUCACCGUCGGCAGCAGGCCUACAUCACUCCGACUAUGGCCCAGGCUCCAUACACCUUCCCACACAACAGCCCCAGCCAUGGCACUGUACACCCCCACCUGGCUGCAGCUGCCCAUCUCCCCACCCAGCCUCACCUCUACACCUAUACCGCGCCCACAGCCCUAGGCUCCACCGGCACCGUAGCCCACCUGGUGGCAUCCCAAGGUUCAGCACGCCACACUGUGCAGCACACUGCCUAUCCAGCCGGCAUCGUCCACCAAGUCCCCGUGAGCAUGGGGCCCCGGGUCCUACCCUCACCCACCAUCCACCCCAGUCAGUAUCCAGCCCAGUUUGCCCAUCAGACCUACAUCAGCGCCUCGCCAGCCUCCACCGUCUACACUGGAUACCCACUGAGUCCUGCCAAGGUCAACCAAUACCCUUACAUAUAAACACUGGAGGGACCCGCAGGGAGGGGGUGGAGGAGCUCCCAACAGACCUGGGGAGCUGGGGUUUUAUACUGCAGGUGCCGCACACAAACAAUGCAAAUGGGGCAGGGAGGGGGGACAGUUGGGACAGAAGUGAAACUUGAACUAGGAAGUGGGAGGACUUAGAGCAGAGAAGAGAACCUUUUAAAAGGAAGGGAUUAAGGAGUGGGAAAUCUAUGCUUUUUAUUUUAAAAAAGAAAAAGGAAAAAAAGAAAAAGAAAAAUGUUAGUAACAAAAGAGUAAAAAAAGAAAAAACUCAGCUCACAAACCCAUUCUGCACCAAACUGGAAAGGAAAAGAAGAGCUACAGGAAGAUUCUGGAAGCAAGGGGCCCCAGUUUUUUGAAGAACUUUAUGAACUUUUUAAAGAUUAUUUUCAUAUGGCAGCAAGUGACAUUGAAGAAUUUGCUGUCAAGGAGACCUGAUAUGGAAAUCCAAUAGAUUUUUAAUUAAUUGAACAUGAAAAUUAGGGAUUUUUCCGGAACUCCAAAAGGGUCAACACCCCUUUCAAGUAUCAGGCCGUGGCCUGAGGAGGCUCAUAUUUGGGGUUGGUCUGGGGUUGGCAAAGUCCAGUUCUGGCUCAUUCGUCAGGAACAGUGGGGUCAGCCAGACUGAUGGAAGACCCUCAGGAGAGGGGCAUGUUUCCUCUUUUGGGGUAUUCUGGAUAAAUCUCUAAGCAAUGUUAUUCCUCAGAUAUCAUAAUAAUGUGUGUUGCAGUCUUUAAUUUUUUUCUUUUCUGUGAUUUUUCUUUUUAUCUCGAAUCAACCCCUAGUCGUGUAGCAUAGGGCUAGGUCGUCACGGACACCCUAGUAGAAUGUAGCACUCUGCACCCUCAUUUCCUACCUUGUGUUCAACUCCAGUGAUACCAAUAGACUAUUCCUCAAUAUAAUUGCACAAAACAAGUGAUCUAACAUAGGCAGAGCCAAUGUGGUGGUCUAGGUGAACGAGUGAGUGUGCGUGAACACGUGUGGGUGUGAGCGGGGCGGCCACCCUCCCCGUGUGUCCCUUGGCACCGCCGUCACAGCCCUUGCAGUCCUGAUUUUACAUCAUUCCCUCCUAGUGCCUUAACGACCGACAGACAGACAGACACGGUGAAGGGUUACUUCCACUGGUACUCCAAGAAACUGGCUGGGGCAGGUCAGAUAUGUUCUCAGCUCUUUUGUUAAGCUGUUAAAAGAGUAUUUUACUUGGGUCUUUUUGGUUUUGUAUUGUUUUAAUGUCAUGUGGAUUGUCUUUCCUGGGCUCAUUGUGAGCAGAAGGAUUUCAAAGAAGCUUGUGUAACUAAAAGCGGGGAGGCGUGGAUCUCGGGAGAGAUGUCAGAGCCAGGUGGGGGACACUGGCGACAGCUGGUUCUGCUGAGUUUUCCUCUGAGGGCAGAGGUUCAGAGAGACUCCCCACCCUGCCCUAGCUGUGCCACACAUGUCGUGAGGGGGUCUUAAGGAUGUCGGCUUUGCCAGGCAGCUGCCUCAGCCUCCAGACCCACCACCCGCUUCCUGGAGCCAUCUGGGGAGAGGCAGGAGACCUGAUCCCAUUUCUGCGUCCCUCCCCAGUCCCUCCCUCCCACAGAAGCCUAUUAGUCUCAGACAUCCCUGUGUAUCUCUCCACCAGCUCCAGGGACUGCAGUCGGGCUCGCGGUCGGGCUCCCCUGCAGACCGCCACUGCUACAUUUGCUGUUGCUUCUUUCCUGAAAUGAACCUAGGUCUCCCAGUCUACUUGGACCUCUGCCUUUGAGAGAUGAGCAGGCAGAGGGGCUAGAGGGACAUUUGGGAAAACACUCCCAUGGACAAUUAAGCCUCAAAGAAAUCUGCCCUUCACCCUCUGCAUUCUGGAUGUUUUCUCCAGCUUUGAACAGUGAGGUGGGUAGGAAUUUUCUGUUCCUACUGGGAAACUCUGAAGCCAUGGAGGUUGGAGACAGUCAGGUCCAGGAUGGGACAUAGUAGCAUGGUAUGGAUUGUUUGAGCCUGGUGUGAGUCCUAGCUAGCCCUUAAUCCACAUCUUCAGGUAGAAGGUUUGUGGUCAGCAGUCCAGCCUUCCCAGUAUCCUCCCUGUCUUCCCUCUGCAGGCCCUGAGCAAUCUACUGUGAAAGACUUCCCUCAUGAGACCUGCCUUCCUUCAGUAACAAAGCUUACUUAGCUUUUAGCUGUGAAAAACUCUGGAAACUUCCCCACCCAUCGAUUCUUAUAAGGUCCCCCAACUGGAUAUGUCUUAGUGCACCUUUGGCCAAAAAGAAGAGAUGCUAGAGCCUGGCGAGGCCUGACCCACUCCAGCCAAGGACUAGUGGGAAGCACAGUGAGUGGAACAGGCCUGCAGGAGGAAGCUGCAUCCUUGUCCUAGUCAGAACCACUUUAGCCCAAGCCUGGCUUUAGCUGAAAGUGAGACAACAGGAAAAGUCAGUUCAAGGUGGGGUGGGCAUCAAAGCCUUUGGAGAACCCCUGAGCCAGAGGCUCCUGGAGCCCCACCAGCAUGGAAACCCAUCUGUCACGGAGCUUCCAGCAGUCAGAUGGCAGCAGUUUCCCAUGGGGCCUUCUCGUACUAAGUCCUGACUGGAAGUGGGCCUGGGUUUGCCUUGCUCUGUGGCAGGAUCUGGAGGGCCAGCGCGGUCCAGAGCUGGUCUAGAGGAGGGAGGACUUGUCCCCCCAUCUCUUUGUCCGCUGACACUGAAGCUCUUCCACCCCUUCUGUCCUUUCCCCUUCUCCUUCCAGACCAACCAUGAAUGUUCCCUAUUGCUCAUAAGUUAGUCUUAUCGUACUGAUCAUUGUGUUAUUGCCACUGUAAUUAUGAUCAUUAUCACCUUGUUGCUACUUUAGUCAGGGUGUGAAGUACACAUUUAUUCCAAGUAUCUUUGUGUUUCUUCAUAAUAUGUAAAUUUGUUUUAUUAUAGCUGUGAGUAUAUGAGUAGACUGGAGGGACUUACAGAUGUCCAGUCUUGUCCGAGGGAAUGGAGAAAAAAAGGAAAGAAGGCUCAGGAAUUAGGAAAAAUUGCACCUGUCAUCUCUGUCCCAUAGAGAGCUGCAAAGAAGGCUACUGCAAAGCAGAGACUCGGGUAUAUUGGGUCCUUCUCACACGGCCCAGCUGGGUGCUCACCCGCUGUUGGUACAGUGUCUUUUGGACCUUUGGCAGUUUCUCCCACAUUCUCUGUGCCUCCCUCCGCGUCUGAACUACUGACCAGAUCUUAGCCUGCCUCACAUCUGACAGUCAGCUCCAAAGGCCCCUCUCAAAGCUGCCCGACCUUUCCUUACCUUCAGUUUUCCCGUCACUCAGCUCAGCUCUUUCAGUGCAGAGACAGUGGUCCCACCCAGAAGCCAUUAGGUGCACUGAAGGUUAUGGGCAGCCAGUGCCUCCUUGUGAGAUAUUUCUGCCUCACUCUGUCCUUCUGCUCAGUUGCCACCCUUCCUGUUUCCCUAGUCUGCUUCUUCCCAGACAUCUAUCUUCCCAGCACGCUGUUCUAGGGAGCGAAGUCAAGGAAUGAGACAUAAGAGAGCCCCACGCAGACAGACCAGCAGCUGCUCAGAUGCUGCAGGACUCCUAAAUCACUGGCAAGUGAAGGGCACAGUGGGACUUGUAGCUACCUCCUUCCCGGGCUCUAGCUGUGCUCUUUAGUGUGUGCAUUGUAGUGAUGGUGUGUGUGCGUUACCCACUGUCACUCAGAACAAGCAGGCCCCCGGUGAAGGAAGUUCCCUGAACAGAAGAUAGCCACUCGGCAAACCUCCAUUCCGCUCCCGCGCCUCCCCUGUUCUCAAGUCCAUGUACAGGAGUCACACAAGACCCCAGCCAGUCAGCACCCUCACCUAGGUUCCCGAGGUGCUCAGCACCUCAUCCCUUUGCAAAGAUGGAAGAAAGGCUGCUGUCCUUGGUCUACAUACGCUCUCAGUGGGAGGGGGCCACUUAGUCCUUAGUAGACCAUGUGUCUCUGGGCCUUCUCUAGUGAAGAAACGCUGCUCAGCUUGAGGAAGAUGAGAAGGAAACAGGUCUGUGGCACCUCGUGACCCUCAGGUCAGUAGACUCUGCUGCUCGCUGGGUUCUUACUGACCAUCUGGGCCUUGGCACAGGGGCCUGUGUGUCAGUAUGUUGGAGUGAUGUUUUAGGAAAGCAGAUGAGCAGGCCAGUGGGUAGGCAAGGCUGGUGUUCAUGUCAGUUAACCCUGUGAAGUGGAUGUGGUUGGUAUGGUUCAGAAGAAAAGGGGUAGGGGGGGGCAGUGUCCCCUGGACUGUGUUCAAGUUUCUCUCCUUCCCAGGGCAAGGUUGUUUUCCACUAUAAAAGCCAACUUGGCUUUGUUCUGUUUGCUUCUAAGGAUUGAAGCUGACCAACCAUUGCAUGGAGCAGGUCAGGAAAGGAGGUCAGCACAGCCGAUAGGACCUCCCUAGACCAGCUCUUAGGAGAUGCAGACACUUUUGAACGGUGUGGCGGGGGAGCGCGUUGGCUGACCGUAGUGAGUGGAGUUAAUGUUGAGGAGGCUUAAGGAAGUACUCCUGGUGGUUCAUGGUAGUAAGGGUGAUUGGGUCCUUACUCCGUCCCUCCCUCCCCCAGGUUCUCAUCAUCUGGCUGAGGGCAGAGUAGGAUGUGCGCAGGGCUCUUGCUGGCCUGCCAAGUAGCUGCUAGGACAGAAGACAAGAGAGAGCUAGCAGAGAGAGUUCCUUCCAUAGCCCAGCCUGAGACCACACAGCCCCCAGCCAGCCGUUGGACCACAGCACAUUGCCCCAGGGUCUCCCAGGCUUCGCUCCUCAUUCCUGUUUUCCCUCUUAUGUGCUUUACAGAUUUUCGGUGGGGGGCCUCAAAAUUAAGCAGGCCAGAGAUGUCCUUACCAAAUUAGAGAGGAAAGUAAAACUGUCCCUUUCUUUAGCCAAAGACACCUUUACAGGCGGACUAAUGUCAUCCCCUGUUCCCUUGGGCAAUACUGGCUUCAGUGAUGCAGUUCCAUGUAUUCCCCUCCCUGUCCUGCCUCCUUUUUUUUUUUACUCUCACUGCAUUUAUUUCAGAACCACUCAUCUUUAAAGAGGAGUGGAGCCUGGUCCUAAGUGCUGCUGUUCCUAGGUAACUGAGGCCCCUACAGUGUUCAUUUGUGUUUAAUUGAUCUCAUGCUUCUGUGGGGAGCUAGCAAACAAGCAAGCAACCCUUCCCUGGUGACCCACGCUGCCUCUCGGGCUCCGGAUGCACAGGACCGGCUUGAGAUGGCAGCAUCUGUCCACCUGCCCAGUCUCAACAAGCAGUACUCAGACAAAUCCAUCAAGCCACUGAAGAACCAAAGAUGGCGAAAUGAGGCAUACUUAAUUGCAAAAGCAACCUCAUGAACACUUUGGCACUAUGGCUCUCUGUAGUGACCAACUGAAGAGAGGUUUCCCUGGUCUUUAGAGCAGUCUCUUUCCUUCUGGCUCAGAGUUGCCAGAAAAGAGAGCCUGAGGCUCCUUGUCACAGACCCUUCCCCAAUCCUUUCAGGGUCCCGCAUCCCAGACCCGUGCAGGAGAGCACUGCACAGAUGACCUCCUGCUGCACACAGUAGUGUGCUAGGAUUACCCCUUGUAUGAGGACUCACCGAUGGUUAUUGAGUGUUCACAGUAUGCCAAGGCCUUGCUGAGCAUCUUCUCACAGACCCAUCAUGACCACCCACCCCUGGCAAGAAGUCAAUACCCCCUGUUUGACAGCUGGAAGAGCUGUCCCUCUGAGAAACUGGAAUAUGUGAAAGGAAAAGCAUGAUACAUUUCAGAAUCCCCAAGUUUUUAAUCCUAUUUUUUUGUUAAUCAGGACUUUACUGAUGUAAAAUUUGUUUCCCUGUUUAACUAACUACAGUGACAGCCUAUCUCUAAUGGGUCAUUCAAUGAUGCUCCCAUUCCCUGAGUGCCAAACACAGGCUAAGAAUUGCUCAGUGAGACCCAUGACACCAGCCACGUCAGUCCCUGUACAGAUGAGGCACCUGGCUUAAAGCGCCCAUAAGCUUCCCAGGCCACCCAGCUGGUGAGAAGGAACGGGCUUGACCUUCUAUCUGCUUGGCUCUAGAACUAGCUCACAGACCCAGCCUCAGCUGGCUCCCUGUGUACAGCAAGGACAGUCUUUUGCUGAAUGUCACGCUCUGUCUUCCCUAUGCUGCUGCGGGCUCAGCGUGUCUGUGCAAAGAGGGUUCCUGGAUGGGAUGCAGGUGGAAGAGGAGGAGUUUGACUUUAAGAACAGUCGGGGAGUUUCUCUGGAUUCCUAGAAUUCCUUUCUGGUUUCUUUCCAGCAACUAGCUUUAGUCACGCUGCUACAACUCCUGUCAGACUGAAGGGAAAGUGUUCUUUUCUUUUAUAAAAAUAAAUAAAUAAGAUGAUUUUUCUUGCUUAUAGUUAAUCCUAGAAAGGCAAUACUAAAAGUAUAUAUUUUUUUCCAAAAUGCUAUUUUUUACUGUACUUGAUAAAUAUCUUGGCAGCUCUGAUUUCUGUAGCAGACCCUCUCUUCAGCUCUGGGCAGAACCAAGGGCCAGGUUCACACCAAAUUUGUAAAUACCAUCUUGGUCUGUGUCCAGGAACUUUUUUUUUUCUAUAAAGAAACAAAAACAAAAAAAAAGAAAAACAAAAGAGGAGGAAGGGGAAGAUGAAGGCAAGUUGGGAAGAGGAACAAAAUCACAUUUUCUUGCAAGAGAGACCUUCUCAAAGAGAUGGACAGAGCAUGAGAGAGCAAAGCAACCAAGCCAGGAAGUGAGAAAAGAGGCGCCUCAGACUGCCAUGCCAUUGGGAGUGCUACCACCACAGUGUAGUUCCCUUGAGAGGUAACAAAAACCUGGAAAUGCUCUGGGACUAGAUUUCCAUUUCCUAAAGACUCUUACCAUGCACUGUAUCUGCUCAGUUGUUUCGGUUGGGCUUCUUUUCUCUUUUCUUUAAAAAUGUCUUUACCGACUGUCUCCAGGCUUGUUUGCCUAAGUUCUUAGGUCGUUUACACAAGUUCUAAAUUCUUCUAGAACUUUAACUUCAUUGGAAGUGAACCCAGCUAGUGCAGCUCUGAGGUCCUGGCUGGUGUCAGUGGUGUUCUGGGCCUCUGGCAGAGCACCUCACAACGUUCUCAGAUGGUUUAGAUACGUUACCUUACACAAACUGUGACCCAAUGGCAAUAAUUACCUCAAAUAUGGGCAUUCGUCCUGGUUUUAGCCUUUUCUGAAAUCAUGUAGCCAGCUUGACCUUGUCAUUCAAAAGACUAUGAAUUCUUGAUGGGCUGAAAGUAAGGAUGAACGCAUACCCUGGUCACUGUUGCCGAAGUGAGUCCUGAGAAUAGCUCACCCUUCCUCCAGAAGAGAUGGCCUGUGUCAUGAUCAGUGUGAUGUCAAGGCUGUGUGGAGCGUGUUCCUCACCAUGUAACAUGCCCUUUGUGCUCUCCGGUAUCAAGUAAAUUUCACAGUUAACUGUGGAUACUCAAGCAUACUUCUGGCUACAUUUUAUAGUUAAAGUACUUUAUAGUUUACAUUUAACCUGGUACUUCUUAAAAGAAAAUUGUUCCUAACUGCCAUCUUCAACCACAGCGAUUGAUUGAUCUUACACCAGAAGCUGUGUUUCCCUGAGGCAGGCAUGUUCCGCUUAUACUGCUUGUAGCCCAAUAUGCGCGUUUCCUUUAUUGUUGCUUUCCAGGGACCCUGUGAGAAUGUGAGAGGAAGUCUAGAGGGAAUGGGAAGGGGUAAGUCCUGAGCCGGGGCCAGAUGCGGGGUCCUGUGCCAUGAGUAUCGGUACUUGUCGUCGAGGUCUUGACAGCAUGGAGGGGCAGUGAGAAGUGACCCCUGCUCCAUCAACUUUGUCUUGGCUUGAAUGCUUCCUUCAUGACUAGAUCCCUCACCUGGCAGUAGCAGCUCUGAAGGUAUGGUUGCUGUUUCUGGGUCCCCAGUGAACCUCUAGAGGUCAGCAUUUUGAGAGGGAGAACCAUACCCUUAUGCCGUCUUCACUGGCCGGGUUUUCACAUAUCACUGCUGUCUUAGUCAUUUUUCUUUAAAAACAAAACCCAUGUAAAAUGAUGUGUACUUUAAUUUACCCAUUGUCCGGCUACGCUGUGAAACCUAGUUCAGAGGCCUCUGCUGAUGGACAUAGGUGCUUCUGAGCCGAAAGAGCGGGGUGGACGAAGGGUGGCCCAUGGCGCUGGGUCCAUGGAGGGGAUUUACAGUGAAACGGGCCUCAGAGCCAAGUGUGGGCUCCACUGGUAAGCAGGAGAAGACAGGAAAUACCAGUUUUCCUGAUCGUCUUGUUGGGUUUGGGGGUGUUUUAAUUUUGUCUUGUGUUUUGUCUUUAAGACAGGGUCUCGCCAUGUAGCCCUGGCUGGUCUGGAACUCACUAUGUGGACUGGGUUUUAUUUUUUUUUCCUGUGCUACCACUGAACUGUGGAGGACCCAUGGUGAUCAAUGUGUGAUGUAUGUGAUUGUUCCUCCACAGACACCUUGAAAGCUGCAGCACGAGGUACAGGGCUGCUCACCUCUGCUUGCUUUGCCCCUGCGGCCAGUGCUGACGGCGUGCGCCUGUGGUCUCUGAGAAUGAAUGUCCUGUACGAUGCUCUUCAUCUCACCCUCCUUAGUCAUACUCUGAGAUGCUGGUGUGUGUGUGUGUGUGUGUGUUUUCCUUUGCACUAAUAAACCAAAUGAAUUUUGUGUCAUUGUCUUUGGAGCUAACCCAUGUUUUUAAAAAUGAGAGGUAUAGAAAUGGGCUUUUCAUUAUUAUUUGAAAAGUUUAAAUUUACUGUAUCUAAAGAAGGGCUCUGCUGUCGCUCUUUUUAGUUUCCUUUCAACCAACUUCCAAAAAUGGAUCUCCCUGCCCCUCCCCCUUGCAUUGGCUCCUUGCUUCUGUUGCCACCUCUGCCCCCUGCUGUCAGCACAGACCACGCUCUGCUCAGGCGCUCAGGACUUCCAGGAAGCUCCAGUCAACUAGAAGACUUGCUUAGCCUUGAGAGCCUCGCUCCUACGUCCCUGGCUCCCUGCUGGGCUGACGGACUGUGGAUUUGCUAUUGAUGUAUCAGUGCUUUGGCUCAGGUUAGGAGGAAGGACAUAGGAAGUUGAACGUGACUUGACCGUGCUGUCCUCUAGCUUCCGGUGACUCUGAGCGAGACGAAUAUACACACACCCUUCAAAGCAGAGGCCCUGUUCACGCUGCCUCCAAGUCGGCUAGCUCCCUGCCCUUCCACAUCCCUCUGUCUUGUGUACUGCCCAUUUGAAACUGGCUUUCUUCCAUGGGUUACCCAGGGCACAAUCAUUUCUAGCCCCAAAAGCACCCUUCACCCCUUUGUGUGUGUGUGUGUUUUUAACCAAAUGAAGUUGACAAGAAAGGCGUAUGUUGGGGCUGCAGGAUUCCUAGUGUAGUAGAAGCACUGUAUAGAUAGAGAUGUUGAUAUAUAUGUUUGUGUAUAUAUAUAUCAAGCCAAAUUUUCUGAUAGGAAAAGUAUAGCUUUAUGGAUGAGAAGGAAGAGGAGCCCUUUAGAGGUUGGAGAGCACUGAUGUGUCCAAUGAGCAAGGUGCAUCCUGUUCCUUCACUCGCAGCUAAGGCCCCAGCACCCAGCCCUCGCUGUCCACCUCACCUCAGCAGAGCUGGGAGACUGUGAGGGUUCUGCUGCUCUGUGGGUCUCCAGCAGCAAAGGCCUGGGAGAGGGAGGGACACAGACCAGCAUGACUGGGCUUUUCCACCCAUUUUGCUCUGACCGCAUGCAUUCAGCUACAGCCUGAUAUUAUCUCACAUUUCAAAAAAAAAUGGCACCGUGAAGAUGGCGGGCGAGAGAGAUCGGUAGCAAUGCUUACCUUUCAGCUGCCUGUGGGUUCAGGACGCUCUGGGCAGGAAGACACACUCCCUGGGACUAAAACGGAGAAGAGGGGACCUGUCAAUGCCCAUUCCCCAGUCCAAGGAAGGAGGCUCCCUCCCCCAGGGCAUCAUCUCAGCUCAGUCUCGACGACCCCUUGAAAGCCCUGGCCAGCGUGUCCCUUCACUGUACGGUUUCUGUAAUAAAGUGUUAAUCCAUGUUAAUCUGUGUGGGAACUAUUGCGUGCAACAGUAUUUUCUCGUGUACCUCUUUUUCCUCUGUGGCGUGUCUCUCUUCUUUUUAUUUAUAAUGUCUACUUUUGUUUAAAAGGACAAACCAGUGUGUCGUAGACCUCUCUGUAACCUGUUCCUUAGUCUCAUUAUAGGUAUGUUAUAAGGGUGGAUAUUUUACUUGGCUUUAGAAUGUUUUUCAAGAAAACUAAUUCUUAACUGAUGAAGUUGUUGCUACUAAAAUGCUUGUUUUCAUCAUGAUGUCGUGCGCUUCUAAAUUAAUCAUCAUUUUCGUUGUAGAAAAAUGGAGUGAAUUUAUAUUAGUCUUGGAAACUAAUAAUAGCAUUGUAAAUUUAUGAGAUGAUUUUAACAGAAAAAUUAUAGAAGAAUAUAGUUAUUUUAAUUGUAAUAUUACUAACUGUAGGGUGAGGAAGGGGGGUCCUGUUGUGGUGAACUCUGUUAUAGCUUGUUACUCAGUUUCUUUUUGAUCAUUUUUUCGGUCUCUGAGGUGAAGCGAGUUAUUAAUGGAAUCUGUACACUCACAUAUGCAUAUUGUAUAUGUGUAGAGAUGUGGUCACACUGUCUUGGAAUUACAUUAAACUGUUUGGAAUCACUGUA